AUGAAAGCAACCCCUCUGCUGAUUGCCUGGCACGAUGACAAUGCUCCCAUCUACUCGGUGCACUUCGAUCCCCAUGGCAAAGGACGAUUGGCAACGGCUGGAAAUGAUAACAACGUUCGCCUAUGGAAGGUCGAGUCAACGGGAGAAGAGCGAAAGGUUACCUACCUUAGCACUCUAAUCAAACACACGCAGGCCGUUAACGUCGUACGCUUCUGCCCGAAAGGCGAGAUGCUGGCAUCUGCCGGAGACGAUGGAAACGUUCUUCUCUGGGUUCCAUCCGAGACACAGGCCCAGCCGGGGUUUGGACAGGAAGGCCAGAUGGUCAGACAGAUUGCCGAACACUCCCAUUACGUGCAAGGCGUAGCUUGGGAUCCUCUAAACGAGUAUGUAGCGACACAGUCCUCCGAUCGAUCGGUUCACAUAUAUGCCCUAAAGACCAAAGAUGGCCAAUUUACCUUGACGACACACGGAAAAUUCCUGAAGAUGGAUUUGCCCGCUAGGCGAGUAGCUUCGAGUAGUCCUGUGCCGGACUGUGGAAACCGAGUUCAGCCUACGUCAGGCAAUGCCAUGAGCGUGUCUUCCCCUGGAGCCUCGACUCCUGGCACUCCAUUGACCGCACCGCUACCCAUGGAUCCUCCUCCAGUAUCCCUCAGUCGGCGCUCCUCCUUUGGUUCCUCGCCAUCUAUCCGGAGGUCAGCGUCACCAGCACCUUCUAUGCCGUUACCUGCUGUGAAACCGCUCGAGGCUGCUUCUCCCGGCCUCUUUGGCGGGAUAGGCGUGAAGAAUGCCAGUAUAUAUGCCAAUGAGACGUUCAACUCUUUCUUUAGGCGCUUGACCUUUGCUCCAGACGGCAGUCUGCUAUUUACGCCAGCAGGACAGUACAAGGUUUCCCUUGCUGGUCAGAAUGACAAGGUCAUGGAAGACAUAAUAAAUACGGUCUAUGUUUAUACCCGCGCUGGAUUCAACAAGCCACCGAUAGCCCAUCUUCCGGGGCACAAGAAACCAUCGGUGGCAGUUAAAUGCUCCCCUGUGUACUAUACGCUAAGGCAAGGCACGAAGCCCACUCGCCAGAUAUUUUUGGAUUCCUCAUCUAGUGACGAGGCAUUCCCAUCUUUGCCAGACUCUAUCAUUUCUCAGCCGGUCAUGGAACCACCAGCGAGUGCUCCUCCUUCUGCAACCAGCGAAACAUCACGCUCUCUCCCGUUGCUAGGCACUCACGAAAGCGAUGUCGGUUCACAGCAUCCUCCACUCACCCCAGUAUUUGCAUUGCCCUAUCGGAUGGUUUAUGCUGUCGCGACGCAAGAUGCAGUUCUGAUAUAUGACACGCAGCAACAGACACCGCUCUGUGUAGUAAGCAAUUUACACUUUGCUACAUUCACUGAUCUCUCUUGGUCUCACGAUGGGCUUACCCUCAUAAUGAGCUCCUCCGAUGGAUUCUGCUCAGCCCUCUCCUUCUCUCCUGGUGAGCUGGGCCAAAUUCAUCAUAUGGAAAAGUCGCAUCCUGUCGCGUCCAAUGUGCCCGCCUCUACCAAUGCUUCCGCUGCACAAUCUCCGGUUUUGACUUCCCCCCGCAAAAAUUCGGCAGGCAAGGCAUCGUUAGCAAUCGGGACUCCAACCGCAGUCCCUGCUCGUGCAACUAGCUCUGGCCCAGCCACACCAUCCUCGACCACUUCCAAGGCGGCUGCGGUGGUAAACAACCCGACCCCUACCCUUGGCACUGUACCAUCCGUCACCGCUACAAAUUCAAGCCAGCCCUUCAGCACGCCACCGGAAACCCCCAUGUCAUCCCACAGCGCCGCCAAUUCUAUUAGUGGAAGCGUCUUAGGGAAGCGAGAUCUUAGCACGGUGAGCGAAUCAGAGAAAGAAGAUCCAAUCGAGAAGGAUGAGGAUGACCAAGGAGUAAACAAAGCCGGCCAGCGGGGACCAAAGAGAAAACGAAUUGCACCGACGUUAGUCUCAUCUGCGAGUUCCGGGAUGCCAAAUUCCGAAGACACAAGCAAGCCAUCCACCUGA